AUGGGAGAAAAAAAUAACUUUGGUUUUUAUAUUAAAGUAUUUACUGUGUUUCUUUUAAUAUGGAUUUUUAAUUUCUACAAUGAUAAGGUAUGUAUCUAUUAUAAAUUUUUGAAUGAGAAGAACCAUAUAGAUAUAGAUUUAAACACAAGAACUUAUCGAUUACUAGCAAAGCGUAAUCAAGGAAAGUAUUCAAGUAUUGUAUGUAUAAAAGAAGAUAUUCCAAAUAUUGUAGAAUACGAAAAAAAAAUUAUAUCUAAUUGUAAAAAAGUAUCCAGAGGGAAAAGUAAAAUUAUCAAUGAAUGUUCAUUAAAUAACACAGAAGUCUGUAAACAAGCUAGAACAAGUAACUAUUUUGUACCGAACCAAGAAAAGUCUUAUCUUAAAAAAAAAAAUUUAGACAAAAUAUAUUAUAAAAAUAAGGUUAGAGAUACUACGAAAUCAGAUUUUAAGUUUUUAAGAAAUGAUUUAAAACUUAAAGUAGGUAUGAUAUGCAUAUUUUCUAUAUUCAUCGUAUUAACUGGAAUACUACUAUUUGUUUUAAAAUCUGUACUCAGCAUGGAAAAAUCUCAAUUUAAAUUAUGUUUAAAAUAUUUUUUAAACCCAUCAACUUGGGGAUUUUUGAUAUUAGCGCUUAUAGUCCUAUCAACAAUGAUUUAUCUGAGCCGAAAAAUUGUUAUGUACAUAAAGUCAAUAUAUACAAAAAUUGAAAUAAACAAUACGUCAUAUCCUCCUUUAAGUAAUGUAGUAUUUUUAUAA